AUGUCACCUUUUCCGACUGAUAUGAUUCCUAACAUACUUUGUCGGCUUCCAGUGAAGACACUACUCCGCUUCAAAUGUGUGUCCAAACCAUGGGGUUCUCUCAUAGAUGACUCACAUUUUGUCAAAAGUCAUCUCCAUCAGUCCUUGAAAACCAACAACAAUGUCAAGCUUUUCCUCGAUAACGGUGCAGAAAUCGACGAUAAUGCCUAUGCGGUGGAUUUCGACUCUCUCAACAACUUGGUGCAAUUUCCUCGUCCAUUUACAGCUGAAAUCACCAAGUACCGUUCUAGAAUAAUAGGUUCUUACAAUGGAUUACUUGCUGUGUACCAUCGUGAAGAAGGCAUCGCUCUAUGGAAUCCAUCAACCAGAAAAUGUCAUUAUUUGCCAGCCUUGGAUGAAGAUAUAAGUAUGGAUCAUGACACCAUCCCCGGAUACAACUACGACAACAGCACCAUACUCGGAUUUGGGUAUGACAAUAUCACCGAAGACUAUAAGGUGGUGAAAAUGCUGAGAUCCAAGACACAAAACUGCUUCAAAGUUACGAUUUACAGCCAGAAAUCCAACACUUGGAGGAGGAUUAAGGAUUGCCCUUACGACAUACCUAUUAACUACAACGACGGGGCAUACAUAAACAAUGCCAUUCAUUGGGUAGGGGAUGAAAUAUUGUCAGGAAGAAACGUGAUAUUUGGUCUUCAUCUUACCACCGAGGAGUACUUCGAAGUCCCUGAAGGAAAGAGGAGCUCCAAAGACAAGAAAUGCGGCGCUUAUUAUUGCGAGGGCUUCAGCUACAUGAAUGUGGGAGUGUUGGGAGGUUGUUUAUGUGUUUCCCGAGAUUUCUCGAGUUGUCCAAUCGAAGACCACGUAAAUAUAUGGGUGAUGAAGGAGUAUGGAGUGAAGGAGUCUUGGACUGAGUUGCUUUAUCUGUCGAGAAAUCAAUGGGUGACCAAUAUAUUUCACACCAGAGCUGUAGGGUAUGCCAGGGAUGGCAAUAAAGUAUUGCUGGAUGACGGUGGAGGACAACAGCCUGCUUGGUUCAAUCUAGAGGAUGAAAGUAGCCACCUUCUUUGUAUUCCAGGCGCACCUCAACUUGUUUCUACAAUCAUCUAUGUUGAAAGCCUUGUUUCUGUUUCUUGAACCCAUUAAUGCAUCUAACUUCAUCAUGUCAAUUUUAUUUCUGUUUCUCUAUGCAAUUACUUUUAUUUCUAUGAAAGUGCCCCUUUAUUAUAUGUAUCUUAUCAAAUUAAUCCCUAAAUUGCUAAUUG